AUGAACACGAGCAGCUUGAGGACUUUUGAGAAAAUUCUGUCAGGGCUAGUACGAGAUCAGAAGCAGCUGAACGACGAGGUGGACGAAGAGAACUUGGCCAGGAUAGAUGACCCCCUAGCGACCACGGACGAUUCCCCUGAAGCAAGCCAGUCACUGCCCACAGGAGAAGCAACCUCUGAUCAAAAUGCGCCUGGAAAUUCUGAAAAAGAAGUAUUAGGCAUGUACGUUACAGUCCGCAACAAGGUCGACGACCUGGUUGUGAAACGUGUCGAACGCCGGGCCCUUGGAGAUGUGCCCGACUGGACGGUAGAAUACACAAUCACGGAGUUUCCAUCAGACCGGGCGCGAAGGAUCUUGGUCCAGAUGAAGGGCCGCAGAAAGAAGCUGAUGGGCUUGGAUCAGGAAACGCGUUCCAGGCAAUGGUUCAAGAUGUGGAAUGGACAACUACAGGAACGCACUAAAGCUGGAAGGAGAGCCAGGCGUAUGAUGACAGAGAGAGAGGAGCAACGAGGGACUAAAGUUGCGUGGGCCGACGAGCCAGCCAUGAAAAAAAGGGUUAGCAAGAAGGCGCUGUCAAAGAAGACCACUGAGCCCAAGAAGAAGACUACCGAGCCCAAGAAGAAGGCCGAGCCCAAGAAAAAGGCCGAGCCCAAGAACAAGACUGAGCCCAAGAAGAAGGCCGCAUCCAAGAAAACGAAAUCGUCCAAGAAAGACGAGAGCGGGACGGAUUGA